AUGACAUUUCCCAAUCGCAUCAACUACAAACUGCGCUCUCGAGAGAAAUCCCAGCAAACUGCAACGGUGUCGCUCCACAACCAUGCACUGUUGCUGCUAGCACACAAACUCAUGGCCAUGAUCUCGCAGCCGGCGAAGCUCCUCGCCGCACUGAUAGUCGACUGCGACGAUAGGACAUCCGAGGACACGUUUUGGGCCAAGGCAACGGCGUACCAGCAUUCGGAGCUGCAAGGGCUUCCGACGGAUCUGAUGAUGUUGAAGGCGACGCUGUACUAUUGGCGAAUGUGGCAAUACGUCUGCGCCUCAUGCGUCGAAGCUGUGGUGUCCAUUGAAGAGAGCGCGAUGAGUCUGCCGCCGAAGCAGGAGGCGAGGUUGUGGACGUCUCUGCUGCAGAAACGCAGUGCCGCAUCCAUCUCGCCGCCAUUGGAGGACAAGUGCUCGGACGCGCUGUCGGAGGGCAUGAUCCUGUCGGGUGGUAGCGGCAUGGUCAAACGCUCGCGCAUCAACCGGAAAAGCAACGAGUUUCUCAUUGCGUGGUUUCUGGCGCACAAGGACAAUCCGUAUCCGUCCCCUGACGAGCGGGUGGAGAUCGCUGAGAAAACAGGGCUAGCCGAGCAGCAGGUACGUAACUGGUUUGCCAAUAUGCGUAAGCGCCACUGGAAACCCAACCGUGCCAACACCAAGAAGCCGCGCUGCCUCGUCGACUACAUGCUGCGGCAGACUGACGCCUGA